AUGAGCGACAUUUGCAAGAAUUCAAUCAGAUCUAUCUAUCUAUCUAGCUCUAUAUUUCAAUCUCUUUUCCUCUCUCUCGAUCAUGCUCUAUAUUUCAAUCUCUUUUCCUCUCUCUCGAUCAUGCUCUAUAUUUCAAUCUCUUUUCUCUCUCUCGAUCAUGCUCUAUAUUUCAAUCUCUUUUCCUCUCUCUCGAUCAUGCUCUAUAUUUCAAUCUCUUUUCCUCUCUCUCGAUCAUGCUCUAUAUUUCAAUCUCUUUUCCUCUCUCUCGAUCAUGCUCUAUAUUUCAAUCUCUUUUCCUCUCUCUCGAUCAUGCUCUAUAUUUCAAUCUCUUUUCCUCUCUCUCGAUCAUGCUCUAUAUUUCAAUCUCUUUUCCUCUCUCUCGAUCAUGCUCUAUAUUUCAAUCUCUUUUCCUCUCUCUCGAUCAUGCUCUAUAUUUCAAUCUCUUUUUCUCUCUCUCGAUCCUGCUCUAUAUUUCAAUCUCUUUUUCUCUCUUUUGAUCAUGUUCUAUAUUUCAAUCACUUUUUCUCUUUUGAUCAUACGCUAUAUUUCACUCUCUUUUUCUCUCUUUUGAUCAUACUCUAUAUUUCAAUCUCUUUUUCUCUCUUUUGA